UCCCAUCGCAGCAGCUUCAAUUCUUAAUCGAAUUCUCAGUGCGCCACCAGCCGACCACUCCCUUCCAGCCUCCUCCAGAAUAAUUCCCCCAGAUCUACAUCUGUUUGGCUAAUUCCACCUAAUUUCUCUGCACGCAAAGUCAGUGAUUUGGCAGGUUGCUCGUUCUUGAAUUGAUUGAUACCCAGAUGAGAUCUAUGUCGGUUGAUGCUGUCGACUACCAAAUACGCAUUAUAGAUUUGAUAAAGCUGCACAAAUCAGAGCAUGUUUGAUUCCGCUCCUCCUUCCACGACAACAAGAAGCUGCGAUCUUUAACUUCCUCGUGUUCAUUGCCUCGCCAGUCAAGGUUUCUCGAACUUUUCCAAGGGAGCGAGUGAUGGAGGAGAGCGGCGGAUUGAUUGCAGAACAAGUAGCGGCGGCGGCGGCGGCGAGGACGCGGGCGGCGGUGAAGCAACUUCACUUCGGUGAGGGCGAGGAGACGAAGCUGGCGGCGGUGGCGGAGAUUAAGAAGGUGGUGGCUGGGGAUACACAAGAGAAGCGGCGAAUGGCGGCGCUAGGAGUCAUCCCGCCGAUGGUGGCGAUGGUGGCGGAGUUGAAGGAUGAGCAUCGCCGGAGGCUGGUGGUUGAAACGCUUGAGCAGUUAGCUCACGGCACAUUCAAGAACAAGGCACUCAUCGUGGAGGCCGGAUUGCUGGUCAAACUGGGAGGGCCCAAGGUCAACUCCUCUGAGCUCGAAAAGAACCAAUGUUUGGCUCCCCUGCUUUCGUCCCUCUCCUCCCUCGCGAAGACCGAAUUCCCAAUUGACGCGAGGCAAAUGCUGCCUUUUCUAAUCCAAAUCCUCGACUCUAAUGAAACUACAAAGCAAUCCAAGCUCGCUUGCGUGGCCGCGCUCUACAACCUCUCCACGAAGCUGGAGAACAUCAAAGCCAUCGUUUCCAGCGGCGCCGUCCACGAACUCCUCAAGUUAUCCCAGAACCGAGUCAUUGGCGGCGGCGGCGGCGCGGAGGGCGCUUUGUCGACGCUGAGCAACUUAAUGCUGAGCGAAACAGGCAAGCGAGCCAUCGCGGACGACCCGAUCGCCGUAGAAGCUCUAAUGGAGACGAUGGCGCGGGAGGACGAGCCCAAGUGCCAAGAGCUCGCCGCCUACUUGUUGAUGGUGGUGGCUCACCGGAGCAACGAGCAGAGGAGGCGGAUGGCGGAGUUGGGGAUAGUGCAGCUGGCCCUGGAGGUGGCGUUGUUGGGGUCUCCCCUGGCGCAGAAGAGGGCGCUCAAGAUGCUGCAGUGGUUCAAGAACGAGGGCAGGGAGCGGAUUCGAGGGCAUUCCGGGCCACAGCCGGAGGAGUUACUGAUUUCAGGGGACUCGUCGACUUGCGAGCGACAGCUGAGGGAGUGCAAGAAGGCAGUGAGGAGGAUGGUGAAGCAGAGUCUGGACAGGAAUAUGGAGGUGAUCACGAGGAGAGCUCAUGCGCCGGAGGGCUUCUCUCGUUUGAAGACUCUGGCGGCCACUUCCAGUUCCAAGAGCUUGCCUUGCUGAACACGAAUCGGCCCAAUAACAUUUGUGUGUUCUUGGGCUGGCACAGCAGAUUCCUGCCUUCACCUACUCCUCCUGCUGACAUGAAUUGGCAGAGCAGAGGAAGUGGCGAUGAUUGGCGACAAGUCCAUUAUUAAUCUUCGCCCACUUGCCAACACUCUCGAUGAUGUCCUUUUGUUCCUAUGCCUCUUCUCCUCGUUCCUGUUUCUAUCUGAUCUCACUCUGGAGCAGCAGCAGCUGGUAGCCUAUGCGAUCCAGCAAUGCGUUGACACAGGCAGAAAUAAGUAGCCGAAGCAGAUAGAAUUAAAGAGCUGGUUGCGAGUCUUUGUCACGGAAGAAUACGCAAACUAGGUUAGUAAGAAGCGAUAGUAUCAUUAUGGAAUCAUUGGUGGAAGAAAAGAUUUAGAAACGAGUUGCAUUAUUGUAUACACAUGGUGUGUUCAGUAUAGAAUGUGACAGGAGAUAUGAUGGUCGAUGAUUGAAGCAUGCCAUCGAAUGCUCACAUUGCACAGUAGAAUAUUAGCAGUAAGACAUCUCUUGGAAUCGAUUGCUGCCUAAUUUACAUCUGUUCUGAAGAACGCAUUCUUUAAUUUUUCUUCUCUUUUCUUUUUCAGUAAGAAAAUAUAUUGCAUCUGCA